AUGGACACAGAAAGCACUGCAGUAUGGACUCAGAAGGCAGGCUACAAGAACUUCCCAGUGCCUCCAAACUAUGACCACAUCCAGGUGCCCACUGAGAAGCAGAGACUGAAGUUCUACCAGAAAGUACCGCAGUACCCGGGCAACAUACGGCCACCCAAGAUGACCAAGCGGCUUGAUCUUAUCCGAGGCGAGGAGGAGAUCCACCGCGACCUGCUGCUCAAACAAUAUGGCAUCGUUGCCAGAAGAGGAGGAAUGCUUCGCCAUGGUCACAUAGAGAUGAUCCGAAUGACCAUUGCCAGAAAGAUUGACAUGAGUAAGAUGUUUGCCAUAUGGCGGAUUGAUGCCCCCUGGAAGCCCAUCACCAAGAAGGGGCAGGGUAAGCGGAUGGGUGGUGGGAAGGGCUCCAUCGACCACUAUGUCACCCCCAUCAAGGCAGAGCGUGUCAUUAUUGAGGUUGGCGGCAAGUGUAGCUUUGAGGAGUCUGUUUCUGAAGUAUAUCUUAAUCACCAGCUCACUUGA